AAACAUAAGCGUGUAUUUAUGUUGUGAGUUUUUUUAAUUCAAGUUUUAACGCUAAAUAUACGUAAUCUUUUAAAAUAUACUGUAUUUAAAAAUCGCAACAAAAGUUUCUCGAUAGUAUCGAGUAUUAAUUGACUUCAACAAUGGCAAUGAGAGAUUAUGCAGCUGACAAAGAAGCUAUAAAGAAUUUCUUUGUGGAUUUUUGCGAAACAAAUGACGAUGGCCAAAAGUUUUUUAAAUAUGCUGAGCAACUUACACAAGUUGCGCACAGAGAACAGACAGCAUUUGUUGUUGAAUUGGAUGACUUAUAUGAGACCAAUGCAGAGCUUGCAGAAGCAGUCAAACACAAUACAAGACGGUACACAAAUAUAGUAUCAGACUUGGUGUAUGAAAUGCUACCUGAUUAUAAACAUAAAGAGGUAGCAGCAAAAGAUGCCUUAGAUGUUUACAUAGAGCAUAGAAUAAUGUUGGAAGCAAGGAACCACAGGAUGCCCGGUGAAAUGAGAGAUCCAAGAAAUAGAUAUCCUCCAGAACUAAUCAGAAGAUUUGAAGUCUACUUUAAAGAUAUAUCAAAUGCAAAGUCUCUGGCAGUUCGUGAUGUCAAAGCUGAACAUAUUGGAAAGCUGGUAACUGUAAGAGGUAUAGUGACGCGGUGUACGGAUGUGAAGCCCCUAUUAGUGGUAGCGACAUACUCGUGCAGUGCGUGCGGCGCAGAGACGUACCAGCCGGUGCGCGGGCUGCAGUUCACGCCACCGCCCGCCUGCUCCGCCGACGAGUGCAGGGUGAACAAGACCGCUGGACAGCUGUACCUGCAGACCAGGGGCUCUCGCUUCCAGAAGUUCCAGGAGUUGAAGAUACAGGAGCAUUCAGACCAGGUGCCGGUGGGACACAUCCCGCGGCAGUUGUCAGUAUACUGUCGCGGGGAGACGACGCGACGCGCGCAGCCAGGCGACCACGUCGCAGUCGCCGGGGUCUUCCUGCCGCUACUCAGCGCCGGCUUCCGACAGAUCGUGCAGGGAUUGCUCUCCGAUACCUAUCUAGAGGCGCAUAGUGUGACAUGUCUGAAUCAAAGCGAGGAGAACGAGGCUUGUGAGGCGCUGUCUGAGGAGGAGUUGUCGGAGCUGGCUGAUGAGGAGCUGUACUCCCGCAUGGCGCAGAGCCUCGCACCUGAGAUAUACGGACACGAGGAUGUUAAGAAGGCUCUACUGUUGCUGCUCGUCGGAGGAGUUGAUAAACGUCCCAAUGGUAUGAAGAUCCGUGGCAACAUCAACAUCUGCCUGAUGGGUGACCCCGGCGUGGCCAAGUCACAGUUACUCAACUACAUAACGCGUCUCGCGCCGCGCUCCCAGUAUACCACCGGCCGCGGCUCCUCCGGUGUCGGUCUCACCGCAGCAGUACUCAAGGACCCGUUCACCGGUGAGAUGAUGCUGGAGGGUGGGGCGUUGGUGUUGGCGGACCAGGGCGUGUGUUGUAUUGACGAGUUCGACAAGAUGGCGGAGAACGACCGCACCGCCAUACACGAAGUAAUGGAACAGCAGACUAUCAGCAUUGCCAAGGCAGGAAUAAUGACGUGUCUGAACGCGCGCGUUUCUAUCCUGGCUGCGGCGAACCCUGCGUACGGCCGCUACAAUCCCAAACGUACUGUAGAGCAGAACAUACAGCUGCCCGCUGCGCUACUCUCCCGUUUUGAUCUGCUCUGGCUCAUACAGGACAAACCAAAUAGAGACAAGGAUUUGGAGUUGGCGAAGCACAUAGCGUACGUACACCAGCACUCGUCUCAGCCACCGAGCAGACUGCGAGCACUACCAAUGCGUCUCAUGCGGCGCUACCUCGCACUCACCAAGCGCAAGCAGCCCGUAGUACCUCGCGCUCUCGCCGACUACCUCGUCUCUUCAUAUGUGGAAUUAAGGCGGGAGGCGAGAAAUGCACGUGACGUCACAUUCACAUCUGCCAGGAAUUUGCUCGCCAUCUUACGUCUGUCUACUGCCCUCGCUAGGCUUAGGUUAUCAGAUGUGGUAGAAAAGGAAGAUGUUUCAGAAGCGAUUCGUCUUGUAGAAAUGUCCAAACAGUCACUUCAACAUGUUGAAGAAAAUGUUCAAAGAGGUAUAAGCGCUACGGAUCGUAUCUUCGCUGUGGUCCGCGACCUGGCGGGCUCCAGUAAAACUGUCAAGAUCGCUGAUGUCAUCGAGCGUUGUGUCGACAAAGGAUUCAAACCUGAUCAGGUUGAUGCUUGCAUUGAGGAGUAUGAAAAUUUGAAUGUAUGGCAAGUGAACCAAGUACGAACCAAGAUUACAUUCAUGUGAAUCUUACUUUAAUCAUACAUAUCGCCUUCAGUACAAUUAUUUUGAUAUUUUUGU